CGCACACGGCUCCUGGACCCAAAAAAAAAAAACAGGGGAGGCACGGCGAAUCCAAGCCAAUUCCGGCUCCCAGCUCCGCAACCUCUUUUGCUCCCUCCUGCCCUCCCCGAUGCCGUCGCCCUCGCUCCGACUCGCUGUCGUCGGCGCGGGCGCGGCCGGCCUGGCGGCGGCACGGGAGCUCCGCCGCGAGGGCCACGCCCCCGUCGUCUUCGAGCGCGCCGCAGCCGUGGGGGGCACCUGGCUCUACGCCUCCCCCGCCCCCGCCGCCGCCACCGACCCGCUCGGCGCCGCCGCCACCCACUCCAGCCUCUACGCUUCACUCCGCACCAACCUCCCCCGCGAGGUCAUGGGCUUCCUCGACUUCCCCUUCACCGCGGCGCGCGGCUCCGUCGUCGACGCGCGCAGGUUCCCCGGCCACGAGGAGGUGCUUCGGUACCUCGAGGACUUCGCGCAGCGGUUCGACCUUUACCGGCUCGUCCGGUUCCAGACAGAGGUGGUUGGAGUCCGGAGGGAGGCCGGCGGGAGGUGGGCGGUGACGUCGAGGAAGCUCGGGGAGAAGGGGGAGCAGGACGAGGAGGUGUAUGACGCCGUCGUGGUUUGCAAUGGGCAUUAUUCAGAGCCUCGCGUCGCCUCCAUACCUGGUGCAGAUGCCUGGCCCGGAAAGCAGAUGCAUAGCCACAAUUACCGUGUGCCUGAGCCAUUCCUUGAUCAAGUAGUGAUCGUUAUUGGGGCCUCGGCAAGUGCAGUUGACAUUUCGAGGGACAUUGCAUGCGUUGCGAAGGAGGUCCAUAUUGCCGAUAGAUCAACGCCGACUUCCACUUGUGAACAGCAGCCUGAAUACGACAACAUGUGGCUUCACUCCAUGAUUGACCAUGCACAGGGAGAUGGCACUGUGGUGUUCCGAGAUGGCAGCUCAAUCAAAGCGGAUGUCAUCAUGCACUGUACUGGCUACCUGUAUGACUUCCCGUUUCUUGGGGAUGAUAGCACCAUCACUGUGGAUGACAACUGCGUUGAUCCAUUAUACAAGCAUGUUUUCCCUAUUGAAGUGGCUCCUGAACUGUCUUUCAUCGGAUUGCCGUGGAAGGUUAUCCCUUUUCCACUGUUUGAACUCCAAAGCAAAUGGGUCGCUGGUAUUCUAUCAGGACGGAUCAAGCUUCCAUCGAAAGAUGAAAUGAUGGAAGAUGUCAAAGCCAUCUACUCGAGACUGGAAACUCGUGGAUGGCCCAAGAGAUAUACCCACAACUUCAGUGGUGGUUAUCAGUUCGAAUACAAUGACUGGCUCGCGGAGCAAUGUGGCCAUCCACCUAUUGAAGAAUGGAGGAAGCUGAUGUAUGCUGCUAAUGCAAAGAAUAAGGCUGCUCGUCCGGAAAGAUAUCGCGAUGAGUGGGAUGAUGAUGGUCUGGUGGCACUAGCAAAUGAGGACUUCAAAAAAUACUUCUAAUCUAUGUUGUGGACUGUGAUUAUCAUUUUCAUUGCCAGGACGCGGUGAUAGUCAUUGCAGUAAAUAUUUUACAGGUAAAUAAUUUUGUAUUUUGUACAUGCAAGCUCAAAAUUGGGAUGCCCAUGACCUUAAUCGAUUGUGAAUUACUUUUA